CGAAGCAGUUGAGAGUGUAGUCGUUUCCGUAUCAACACAACUGCCACGUGACUCUCGUAACUUCAAGUUCCUUUCUAAUAUUUAUAAUUCCUUAUUAUUUAUUUACCCGUGUGACGUUUAGUGAAAGAAGUUAGCAACAUGUAUACUAUUGUUAAUGAUAUUAAAUGCAGCUUUGCAGUCUUAUCUGCACUGAUCAUAACAGUGUUUACUACCAAAGUCAAAGCAGAGGCAUGCAAUUUCCAAAACUUUAUCGAAUGUGCAAAACCACUAUCAGUAUUAACGGACUCAGGGUUAACGUUCUUUAAUAAUAGCAAGGACUUGGAGGAAGUGUGCCCUAAUCUUAAAACGGCCAUCAAGUGCAUCCACAAUUUCACAAGGCGCUGCAUGAAGAAAGAGGAUAGGGAACAUUUCAGGGAAGUGUUUCGUGGAACCGGCUCAAUUGUACAUGAACUAUGCAGAAACGGUCGCUAUCAAGAAGAAUAUUUAAGACAUGCGCCUUGCAUGACCCAAAUAUCAGCUGAAAAUGAAAAAUGUUUUGAGACCUACACCACAUCAAUGGCUAAACUCAAACCAAAUACAUAUGAAGUUGAAGUGGACGCUGCAAUGGUUGAUGUUACCAGUGAAUUAAAGAAAAAGAGAGCCAUCGCUGAUGAAGGAAUCAAAAACGUUUGCUGUGCUUUCCAACAGUACAUGGAAUGCUCAACAACUGCUGUCAGGGACAAAUGCGGAGACGAUACAGCUGAGUUCAGCCGAAGAUUCUUAAACAGAAUGUCGGCCUCAAUGUUAAACGUUCAUUGUACAGAAUACGGAAAGAGGCAAUGUGGAUUAGAAGAGUCAAUAGAAGCAUGGCCGGCAAGCUCAUCAUCAUCCUACCAAUCAGCAGUAGCUCUAGUAACAACCCUACUAACAGCACAAUUAUUAUUGCGGUAGUAUUCUAAAAGGCAUUUAGAAUAGAUGCUUAAAAUUGUGAUUUUUCGAAUAGAACUGAUUUGAAAAUUGUAUUUUUUAAGUAGGAAAUUCAGAUAUGAACGUGUCAUAGCAAUUUUCAAAUAUACUUCAUUCUCAUUUUGAAGAGUUUUUAGGAAAUAUUUAUUCUUUAUUUAUUUUCGCUAACGUGUAUACCAAAGAGUAUAAUAGCGAGAUAAUCAAAAUGAGAAAACAUCAAGAUUAGCUUGAAGAACAUGGAGGAAUCGAUAGGAAAUCUAGACCAAAAUUAGUUUUAAAAAAGUUAUCUUAAAAAUUUGGGAAUUGGUUCAAUGUUUCCGAUAUUGAUUACUGUUUGAACUAAAUAAUUUCGGGCAAGUUUUAUCUACUAUAUAGCGACUCGGCUAAUGGGUUUCUAAACAUAGUUUUGGAUAGGAAAUUGUAUAUCUGGUAUUUUCGUUAAAAAGGAGGGCUUUUGAAAAAAUCUAGACAUUUGUCAGUUAAUUAUAAAUGUCAAGAAAUUCGGUACCAGAUAAACGAAAGUAGUAAACCAAACUACUUAUUACCAACAUUUAUAUCUGUUGGUCAUUUUCUAAAUUACAGAGUGACAUUGUCUGAAAAUUAGUAGUUUGGUGAGACAAAUAGUAUUACAAUUAUUCCAAAUUGACUAGAAAUGACUUGACCUAUAAUAUCAUCGGUAAAUUAAAUUUGCUUUAAUUCUGGAUCUGUUUUUUUUAUAUUUGUUUGUGGUCUCACAUGUUCUCCAAAUUAAAAUACAUCACGAGAUUGCAAUAAGUUCUUUGUAGAACUAACAUAUCCACUUAACUAACAUUCCAGACUGGUUUUGGAUAUUUAAAAGACUGAAAUGAUAGUUGUUCAUCAAAAAUGUUAACUUUAAUACAAAUAUGUUAAUAAUAGUAGUAUUUAAAUAGUGUACAAAAAGCUGAAGUAUUGAUGUAAAUUUAACAUUUUUGUAUGUCUUUUAUCAUAUAUAUAAGAAAUGAUCUUAAGAAUCAAUAUUGGUUAUCUUGAAGCUAUAUUCUCAUAGUUUUUCAGUAACUCUGUGUUAUUUAUUGUAUCAUAUAUAGUUAACAAAUCAGAAUGUUGUGAAAGCUUGUAUAGUAUUUAUUCUAAGUGUGUUGCAUGAAAGUAUGAAUCUUUACAAUAAUUUUGUAUUUGUUAGUGUCUCUAAGACUAGUUGACAUUUCCAUUAUUUAAUAUUUUGUAACUUCGGUUAGUAUAGAGAACAAACUAAAGCUGUAUUAAAGAGUAUUUUAGCACUGUUAGAAAUGUUACUAGAUCUUGACUGAUCUGAGAUUUCGGGUCGAGUUUGUGUACAUCUCAAUAUAGUACCUUACUGUUGUUUCGUUCAAAGUAUGAGUUCCUCAGGUCGUGACUUUCACGCCAAUGUCGGUAACAUUACUUGCCAUUAUUUAAAAAAAUAUCUAUAGUCUGGAUUUGAGGAAUUCAUAUAUUUGGUAAAUGCACCAAAUCUUGGCAGUAUUGUCAAAUUUUGUUAUUUUUUAAAGAUUAAAAAAUAAACAUUUAAAAACCA